AUAUAAGGGGGGUGAUGCAACCGAGGCGAGAGGCAGAGGAGCGGGGAGCGGCGGGAGCUGCUCUCCCGGAGGAGGCAGCGGAGGAGAGGGGACGGCCACCGGGACGGCAGCGCUGCGGGACGGGCGCGGAGCCCCUUCCCUCCGGCCGGGACAACAGCAGCAGCAGCGGGAGGAAGCAAAAUGAUGGUCCAACACUCAGGCCAGGUAUCUGCAUUAGAAGUCAGCGCCUCGGCAAUUGUUCCCACUUUGUCCCCUGCAGGGUCACUGGGGUUUGAUGAUUUCACAAAUUUAACCCCACUGGUGAAAGAGGAACUGAGGUUUGCCAUUCAGAAUAAGCGUCAGUCCCACAGGAUGUCUUCUACAUUGGACACAGUUACAGUUUCUGAAAGACCAAUUGAAACAUCAAUCAUGAAAACAGAGUUUUCUCCUGAAGAGGAUGAGAGAAAAAAGCGAAGAAGGGAAAGGAACAAAAUUGCUGCUGCAAAGUGCCGAAACAAAAAGAAGGAAAAAACAGAAUGUUUGCAGAAAGAAUCAGAAAAGCUGGAAACUAUCAAUGCAGAAUUAAAAGCCCAGAUUGAAGAGCUAAAGAAUGAGAAGCAGCAUUUGAUAUACAUGCUAAACCUUCACAGGCCCACUUGUAUAGUUCGGGCACAAAAUGGAAGGACACCUGAAGAUGAAAGGAAUCUUUUUAUUCAACAGAUCAAAGAAGGCACAUUACAAGGCUAAGUGAUACAGCAAACAUGGGAAUAUUUAUAGUGUUUUUAACAACUACCAGAAUCCAUGGAGGAUCUGACAGAAUGUGUAGGAUUCUAUUAGUCAAGAGCCGUUAGGAAGGGCAGAUUGCUUUCUUAAAUGGAAAGAGUCAUUUUGGGUUAUCAUUGAUUCUUUCCCUUGGAAGAUGUGGUCUCAACCAAACUGAAGAGCCUUCUGCCUCAAAUAUAGGUUUUGCACCUGUCUACUUGCUGUUCCUAGGAGUUACAGACAACAGCUUCAGAAGUUUUAGCUCUCUGCUAGUAUACAGUAUCUGCACUCACAAUGUUUGUGCUAGAACACUAUGACUUCUGAUGAUGCACCAUGGUACAGACAGCUGUGCUGGAUGGACGCUACUUUUCCUUGUUGCUGGUUGGGAAAUCAGACUGAGAGUAUUUUUAAAGUUUUGAAGUUUCCAGAAGGAUGGUUUCUGGCAGAAUAUAUUGAUAUGUAAUGUUGCAUUCUAACCUAACACACAAACUACACAAAAAGCCUUUAGUUCCAACUAAGCUUUGUCUUUUUUUUUUUUUUUCCACAACACUUGUGUGGGUUUUUUCUAUGACUCAUCUCAGAGACUGAAUUUGGAGAGUCUAGUAGGUGUGACAAAGAAAUAUUUCUUGCAAAAUAUCCAUGUAGCUAAGCUUGUAUUUUAUGAGCUGGAACCCCACCUACUAUCCUUUGGGGACUACAAUUUUCCCUUGAAUUGUUGAAGAGCAGCUUGUACCACCACUUGGUGACUUGGUGAAUUGGACCCGCUGGAAACAGGAAAUUAACUAUGGAGGGAUAUCAAUACAGGUUUUGCCUGAGUUGCAGGACUGAAUCCCAAGUUCAUGGAUCAUGAAAACUUAAAAAAAAAAAAAAUAAA